AGUUUUGGCAUAGCUGAAUGCUGAAGGAGAGACAUAUACUUCGCUGCAUUUACUUUGGGCCCAGCUGGAAGGAUGUUGCGUGCCUCUCUGUUUCUGCUCUUCUUUCUUCAUGCAGCUUUUGGCCUAAAAAUCUGCUCUUUUAAUGUGAGGUCAUUUGGAGAAGCUAAGAGAACAAGACCAGAAAUUUUGGACAUCAUUGUAGAGAUCAUGUCUCGCUGUGAUGUCAUGCUGCUAAUGGAAAUAAAGGACAACAGCAACAGAAUGUGCCCCUUCCUGUUAGAAAAACUGAAUAGCCAUUCACGGGAAAAAUACAGUUAUGUGGCCAGCGAAAGAUUAGGAAGAAAGAGCUAUAAGGAACAAUAUGCUUUUUUCUAUAAACCAAAACUUGUAUCUGUGAAGCAAACUUACCAGUAUCCUGAUCUACAGCCUGGUGAUGAAGAUGCUCUUUCCAGGGAACCUUUUGUUGUCUGGUUCUAUUCUCCAAAAACUGUGGCCAAGGAAUUUGUGAUAAUUCCUCUGCAUACAACACCAGAAAUGGCUGUGCGGGAAAUUGAUGAACUUUAUGAUGUGUACUUAAAUGUAAGACAGCGCUGGACAUCUGAGAAUUUCAUUUUCAUGGGAGAUUUCAAUGCUGGCUGUGGCUACGUUGCACGGAAACGCUGGAAGAACAUCAGGCUAAGGAAUCAGACGGAAUUUGUUUGGCUUAUUGAUGACAAAACUGAUACAACUGUGAAAGCAAGCACCCAUUGUCCCUAUGACAGGAUUGUGCUCCGUGGAGAUAAGCUCAUAAAUGCCAUCGUGCCAAACUCGGCACGUAUCUUCAAUUUCCAGAGUGCCUUUUCAAUGACUGAAGCACAGGCUUUAGCAGUGAGUGAUCACUUUCCAGUAGAAGUCCAGCUGAGAACUGCCAGGCGCUCUUCAACAAGGGCAAGACGUUACAGGCACCUAGUUGUGUAACGCAUCCAGUGAUAUGUCGUUGUACCAAAAAAAACCCCCACAAAACCCCCCACAAUUUCUUAAAAGGUACAUGCACACAAAAAUGGCUGCUUUCACACUGACCUUUUCUUCUUCCACUAUGAUGUAUUUCACAAGAUGAAAUAAAAUAAAAGCUAAAAUUAACUGUGCAGUGAGCUGAAGAUAAACUCAAUGACUGAGUCUAAGAGCCUUGACAGCGCCUGCAGCAUUUGCUCAGAAUUGUUUUGGGACUUUGUGGUUCUCUCGGUUUUACCCUCUCCAAUCAAGACUAGUUUGAUGUCAAGAACUCAGAACAAAGCUACCAAAUACACUUGGCCACUAUUUUUGUCCAAAUCUUGUCAACACAAGCAGCUACACAUAACUCCUUUGAAAUCAGAGAGAGGCUGAGUCUCCAAACGUCACCAAGGCAAAAUAUAGAAUAUGGAAACAGUGAUCAUCACUCCAAUUUUAUCUAAGAUUAGGGUCAAUCGUUAUUACGAGUGAUUAGGAAAUGUGUGUGGAAUGCUUUACUUUUUCCUUUAUGGCAAUUCAUAUUGAUAGUCUUGGAGCAAAAGGGAAAUAAACAAGAAAUACUGUAA